CGCAGUCUUUCACUGCUUCCUGUUUUCUGACUGCGAGAGUUCAGUUCAGCUGCUCUGUUUGGAAUCGAGAAAAACUUCAUAAACAACAGCCUAUGUCUGUGUUGGGGUCCUCGAGCGCCCCCUGCAGGCCCAUCACUGCAGUGGCCUGGGUGUCUAACAGCAGCGCCUGCCCUGGUCACUUCACCUUGAUCAGUCAGACUGAGGAUGGAGCCUCGGCUAACUUCAUCCGAGGGUUUGCCAUCAAGUCAGGAUACUUCCUGUGUUACAGUAAGGAUCUGUCCGCUGGGAUGGUUGUAGCAGAUGUGCAGGUGAUUACGGAUAAAGAGACUAUUCCUCAUGGUUACUGCUACAUCCCAGAAUUCCUGGAGCAAAAGGCAUCUGUUGGGAAGAAGAAGCGCAUAUGUGUGCGGCUCGUUACCAUGGGCAGUGUUACGAUGGCUGUUCUAGAUCUCAAACUGACAGUCAAGAAUAAGACCAUGGUUCAGCAGUACACCUGCCUGGGGGACAUGAAUGGCUUCGUGGUGUGGUGUUUAAAGGGCCAGUUCUCCACUCCAGUGCCUCAGGCCAAGCCUCGCCGUGUCAGUCUGGACAUGCGCAGUCUCUCGCUGGAAGGAGCCGGACCCCCGCAGCUUCUCAGACCCAGCAAUCCUUCUGAUGUCUCAUCAAAAGUCAGCUUUCAGCGCAGUAAGCAUGAUACGAACAACCUGAUGGGGGAUGUGAAUGACAGUGGUAACCAUAGCAACCAUAGCAACAUCCACAGUAUCACAGGAAUGGAUGGAGUUCCUUUUAGACUACACCCGAAGUUCAGUUCUCAGUCAGACGCAAAGGUGUCUGCGAGCAUCCUGAGUGACAUCCGCAUCAGAUCAGUGCAGGACAUCGAGAACGAGUUUAACUACACGUUUGCGGUGGAGGAACAGGCAGCGAGGAGACUCUGACAUCAUCCUCUCGCCGGAUCAGAAACACAGUCCUUCAUGUUACGCUCAGACGUCUUCCUGGUUUAA